AUGCUUACGCUUGUGACCAAACGACGGAUCUACUUCUCUCUCGUUCAGCAUGGCCACAGACCUAUCAGCGCGACUCGUACCCAGGACGGGUUUACGAUCCGGGGGUCCCCCAUGACCAACUUGAUUGAGGUGAAACUGCCAAAAUAUACAAUCGCGCCUCUGGAGCGGAAUGCCCCUGACUACUGGGUGGCUACGAGUGAAGGACAAGUCGCGGAGGAGGAACACCACAGACUGCUUGGUCGGACAGAGAGCACACUGAGCAUGGUUGAGGAAGGCCGGGUGCGAGGGUUUCUCCGAGGAGGCAGUUGGAGGACAUUCCACUGGAAAAGGCUGAUGGUUGGCCGCAAGCUAUACAGAAUACAAUAUGAAGAUGAAUUGCGCGAACCACCCGCCGAGAUUGAUUUUUCAGAUCUUGUCCAUUUCUUGCUUGACUGGGGCGCGGUGCCUGACUCCAUGGGGUGGGAGAAACUGAAAUCAAGCGGUCCAUGGACGCCAGCCGGGACAAUCCUGCUGAAGAAAGCGGACAGCGAGGCCGGAGAGCCUCGGAAACAUGUCGAUUGGGUGCUGAGGACAAGUAUGCCUGACGAAAGCGAUGGGAUCCUCAGUCUCACGGUCAAAUGGUCGAAGGACACGUCAUCUGUAUCGGACGUCAGAGGAGCUGCAAGUCUCCCGCCCGGUUGGGGACGGCUGAAACAGCCAGCACUACUGGAAGCGAGCGAGAAGAGAAAGGAAGAGGAGCACGACCUGCCGGCCAGGAUUGACCAGAUGAAAGCGGCAAACAAAAGACAACCGGGUGCAAAGGCUUUGCUGGGAGCGAAGAAUGUCGAGACCGGCUCCAUCUGUGAACCGUUUCGUACCUUUGAACGAUCAACGGCGUGUCUCUGGUUUACGUGCGCGGCCUCGGCGGUCUUGUCGCGCAAACAGGCCAGUGGUGGCAUGUGGGCGUUUGAAAUGCCUGCAGACAUACAAACAUUUGUAUGCAGAGAUUCCAUCCCGUGCGGCGUCAUGGUGCUUCUGGGCCUGAUGGAUGAAACCGAGGCCCCACAAUGGUCGUCCGAGAGCGAAAGUGCCUCCCGAGACGCGGCCACCAACAUGUCGCAACGGCACCUCCAGCGCUUUCAAGCCCGACAGGCCGCCGAGCGACUGGAAGCCACGAUGCCGCCUGAACAAGCGAGAAUCCACAAGAUGAAUCGAGAAGCUGCAGAACGAAUGGCCACGUAUGAUGACAUGAGGGCCUCGCUGGCUGCAAGACAGGAGCGGGACCAACGCAGAAUGCAGGAGGCGGUUGUCAGUCCGCGGAUGAGCACCAAGGCUGUCGCCGAGGCGUGUCUGGUUUGGCUGAUUGAACACGGCCAGGUCGGCCGGGAGUGGACCCUUGAUCAGCUCGCCGAGGUUGUGUUGUACUUGAUGGUCGUCGACCAGAGCCAGAGCGACGAAGGCGAAGCACGCAAGAUUGCCAAAAUCCUGGAUGAGUGGAUGUCCUGGACCACGGCAGGUGGUAUGAAAAUGGUCCAGGUCAACUGGCUGUAUGAGAAUAAGCUGGCUUUCUGCUUUGCCGCCGCACUUGUCGCAGUCGUCCAUGAAUCUAUGAAUUCCACUGCUGGGAGAAAUAAAGCCGGUGCUGAUAUGUUGGAGUGCCUGAGAUUAUGGAGGAAGGUGAGAUUAGGAUGA